GCGGAUUUAAGUGAUAAUGAUACUGGAAAUGAGGGUGGUGAUGAUGUUGAAGAUAUGGAUGAUGGGAUACUUCACAUCUCAAUCAAGGAUGUUACCCGUGGGGAAUACAAACUAAUCUAUGCUCAUCCUGAAGCUUUCUUAUCAUCAAAGGAGGGAAGGAAGAUUCUCCAAAGCAGUUUUUUUAGAGAACAUCUAUGCAGUAUAUGCAUUGAUGAAGCCCACAUGAUUCAUGAAUGGGGUGAAGAAUUUCGUAAAGAUUUUUCGAGGAUCCAGGAAAUACUUGGGAUAUUUCCUAAUGUACCGGUGUCCCUUUUCACUGCCACAGCAUCUCCAUCCACUCGGGACAAACUGGUAAAGGACUUAGCUUUGCGCGACCCUCUUCAAAUCACAAAAAACCCAGACCGUCCUAACAUUAAAUAUAUCCGUCAUGAAAGAUUACCAAGUGUUAGACAAGACGAUGACUUGGAUGAAAUCUUAGGUGACAUUGCAGAUGGCCUCCUGGAAGAUAAAGAAAAAUUCCCAGUAACAAUUAUUUAUAGUGAUUUGGAGACCAUAAGGUAUGGCUAUAGAUUCCUGGAGGCUAGAAUUGGAGAGGACUGUCCAGAAAACCGUUCUUAUGCACAGUUUCAUACACAUUAUACUGAAAGAAUGAAGAACUGGAUUAUCUCAGACCUUGGUAAACAGGAACCAGUGACAAGAGUUGUACUAGCUACUGUUGCACUCGGGAUCGGACUUCAUGCGCCAUCAGUGAGAAGAGUCAUCCAUUUCAAGUCACCCACUAACAUUGAGAAGUACAUUCAGGAAACGGGUAGAGCUGGAAGGGAUGGAAAACCAGCAACUGCUAUUCUCUACUGGAACAAAACAGAUGUACGGAGCAACCGUCCUGGUUUACAGAGUGCCAUGAAAAAGUUUUUUACGAGCAAGGAUAUUUGUUUAAGAGCUCAGUUAUUGUCACAUUUAGAUUUUACACCUGAGUUACAAAUAAGUAAAUGCAAUUGUUGCAGUGUAUGUGAGCAAUAUUGUGAAUGUUCAGAAUGUGCGAAAUAAUUCUGGUAUCAUUAAGCACUGUGGUUCUUUCAUAUAAGAAUGAUAAGGUUCCAUUUCAAACUA